CUUCGACGAGAAUGACUCGGCAAGAUGGCCACCUUGCUCAUUUACUCUUGGUUCAAGUCACACAAGCCACCAUUAUCCGGGGUUGCGAACCACUUGCCAUCUCGUCACCCAACAACAUGGAAUCAAAACUAUUCAAACCGAUGGACAUCGGCCGUGUCUCGCUCGCCCACCGUGUGGUCAUGGCACCUCUCACCCGGUUUCGUUUCGCCGCCGACCACGUCCCCUUGGCAAUAUGUGUUGAGUACUACACUCAACGUGCUUCUGUGCCUGGAACUCUUAUCAUCGCCGAAGCAGUCUUGAUCUCAGAGGCCCAUGGCGGCUUUCCCAACGGCCCUGGGAUGUGGAAUGAGGAUCAAAUUGCAGGUUGGAAAGCCAUCACAGAUGCAGUACACAACAAGGGCUGCAGCAUUUUCUGCCAGUUAAUUGCGCCAGGCCGCGCUGCCGUUGUCUCGCAUUUGCGAGCCACUGGCGGCCAUCCGCUUUUAAGCUCAAGUGCCAUCCCCCUUGACUCUGGCUCUGACACCCCUCGAGAGAUGACGGCCGAAGAGAUCUCUUCGGCAAUUGGUGAUUUCGCACAGAGUGCACGAAAUGCCGUGGCCGCUGGUUUCGACGGUAUCGAGGUUCACGGUGCGAAUGGAUACCUCGUGGAUCAAUUUAUCCAAGACACUUGCAACAAGAGGACAGAUCAAUGGGGCGGAAGCGUGGAAAACCGAGCCAGAUUCCCCAUUGACGUUGUCACGGCCAUCGUCGACGCCAUUGGUGCUGAUAGGGUUGGCUUCCGCAUCAGCCCCUUCAGCAACUUCCAGGGAAUGAGGAUGGAGGACCCUGUCCCCCAAUUCUCUUACCUUGUAUCGGAGUUGAAGUCUCUCAACCUCGCAUACCUGCACAUUAUCGAAUCCCGUGUGAACAACUGGCAGGACGUAGAGAAGGUGGAGGGGAUCGAUUUCCUUUUGGAUAUCUGGAAUGGUACCUCUCCCGUCUUGGUGGCUGGAGGCUUUACACCUGAGAUUGCGCAGAAGGCCGUGGAUGAGGAGUACGUUAAAUACGACAAUGUCGCCGUUGUGUUUGGGCGACACUUCUUGGCGAACCCGGAUCUGCCGUUUCGGAUCAAGAAUGGACUGCAACUCAACCAGUACGACCGCCAUUCGUUUUACACGCCGUUAAAGUCGAAGGGUUAUACGGAUUACCCGUUUCACCCGGAGUUCGCGAAGGGUAAGGCGUUAGUUUGAAUACUGGGCUGCGAUCCUGUAUGGGACAUACUUAGGCAUUUUAGGAAUGGCCAACGUCUGGCUUCCAUUCUACGCGUCGCCCUCUGACCAAGCACUUGCUCGCUAAUAAUCGCACUCCUCGGUGGUUUCGAUAAUGUCAAUGAUGUGAACAAAAAACGUAUUUACCUACACGAUGGUAAGGACACGUACUUUAAGGCUGCCAAGUGCCUUUUUCUUGCCAGUGCGCGAAUGAGGAUGCCUUUUUUUUCACUCAAGGAUGCCAAAAGUCUUUGGUAAGAUGAUGAGAUUUUUUGUAAUAGCCGUGCAACCAUCUCUGUGAAUGGAUAUGCCUUACUGAGUGAUCUAGUUGGCUAAGUUGAUGUCUAACUGGGUGGGCUAGAAUGAAGAAUUGACAAAUGGAC